AUGGAGGCGAAGGUGGCGAUGGUGGAUCCACAGGUGGGGUCAAGAGCGGCAAUGGAGGCGGAGGUGGCGGCUGUGGAUCCAGAGGUGGGGGCAGGGGGGGGCAAUGGAGGCGGAGGUGGCGAUGGUGGAUCCAGAUGUAAGGGCAGGGGCGACAGUUCAGGCGGAGGUGGCGGUGGUGGAUCCAGAGGUGGGGGCAGGUGCGGCAAUGAAGGCGGAGGUGACGGCUGUGGAUCCAUAGAUGAGGGCAGGCGCGGUAAUGGAGGUUUAAGUGGUGGCUGUGGAUCCAGAGGUGUGGGCAGAGGUGGGGGCAGGUGCGGAAAUGGAGGCGGAGGUGGCGGUAGUGGAUCCAGAGGUGAGGUCAAGAGCGGCAAUGGAGGCGGAGGUUGCGGCUGUGGAUCUAGAGGUGGGGACAGGGGCGGCAAUGGAGUCGGGGUGGCGGUGGUGGCGGUGGUGGAUACAGACGUUAGGGCAGGAGUGACAGAGGAGGCGGAAGUGGCUGUGGUGGAUCCAGAGGUGGUGGCAGGUGCGGCAAUGGAGGCGGAUGUGACGGCUGUGGAUCCAGUGAGGGCAGGUGCGGCAAUGGAGGUUGAGGUGGCGGCUGUGGAUCCGGAGGUGGGGGCAGGUGCGGCAAUGGAGGUGGAGGUGUCGGUGGUGGAUCUUGAGGUGAGGGCAUAG